GCGUUCUCGGUGUGUGUGGCCCCUCACGCCUCACAGAAAUCAUGCAAUUAGCCAGACUGGCCGAAGUUGAGCAGCUUUCGCCGCUUGUGACGCGUAUACUAGGCGGCAACCCCUCCUCAUUCACACUGAACGGCACGAACGGCUAUCUCAUCGGCUCGGGACGGCGCAAGAUCCUCAUCGAUACAAGCGAUGCGGGAAUCCCUACCUAUCUGUCACGUCUCGAGCACACGCUAGGAACAGCAGGGCCGAACAAGUCGGCUGCUAUUAUCGAUCACAUCAUUGCAACCCAUUGGCAUCACGAUCAUGUCGGUGCUCUGCCAGAAGUGCUCGAGCUAUUGCAUAAACGGAACAAUGGUCCUGUGAGACUAUCGAAGCAUCGGGACGAAGAACACGAUGAAGAUAUACUCGAGACGCUCACUGAUACGCCGAGCGACAUCUUAGCUGAGCACACGCUUUCCCCGCUACGAGAAGGCGACCGAAUAGCUAUACCCGACAGCGACCUGCACCUUCGCAUACUGAGUACGCCAGGUCACACUCAAGACUCUAUCUCCCUCUAUCUCGCCUCCCACACCAAGGAGCCCAACGUUCUGUUCUCGGCCGAUAUGAUCCUAGGCCAGGGUACAGCAGUAUUUGAAAAUCUGACCCAGUACAUGGCCAGUCUGCGCAAGACAGCCGCUUUCAUCGAAGAGCAAAACGCAUCACAGCCCACGCAUAUCUAUCCUGGCCACGGCCAAGUCAUCCACGACGCACUGGGCAAGCUCCGAGAGUACAUUCAGCACAGACAAGAUCGCGAGGAUCAGGUCGUCGAUGCACUGCUCAAGCUCCAAGUGGGCGCACACGAGAAAGCCGAAGAACUGACGAAGGUCAUUUAUCCCGACCUGCCCGACCAGCUGCAUUUCGCAGCUACCCGCGGUCUGCUGCUAGUACUAGCUAAACUAGAGACCGAAGGCAAAGUUUCGCAAGAAACAGAUAGCUCCCAAGAGACGGCAUUUGCGCUGACCGAUCUGGGCAAGAAUGCAGCAGAAGCGCGAAGGGCAAAGAUGUAA